AUGGGCGUCACGUUCUCCUCGAUGUUCUCCAAGCUCGCGUUCUGGAACAAGAACGAAGACGUGAGGAUACUCAUGCUUGGCCUCGACAGUGCGGGCAAGACGACCAUCCUGUACCGGCUGCAAAUAGGCGAGGUGGUGUCGACCAUCCCGACGAUCGGCUUCAACGUAGAGACGGUGACGUACAAGAAUAUCAAGUUUCAGGUGUGGGACUUGGGCGGACAAACGUCGAUUCGUCCGUACUGGAGAUGCUACUACGCCAAUACGGCGGCGAUCAUCUAUGUGAUUGAUGCCUCCGACACGCAACGGCUGGGGACGGCCAAGGCGGAGCUGCUGGCGAUGCUGUCCGAGGAAGAGCUCAAGGAGUCGAAGCUGCUCGUGUUUGCCAACAAGCAGGAUCUACCGGGCGCGCUCGACGAAGGCCAGGUGAGCGAGAAGCUCGGACUGAGCGAGCUCAAGGACCGCCAAUGGUCCAUACACAAGUGCUGCGCCACAAAAGGCGAAGGUCUCGAGGAGGGGCUCGACUGCUUGAACACAGGAACGGCCAUGCAAUCGACAUCGGCAGCCAUUGCGGCCGCGGCGAUCUCGGGUGCCGACCUGGGUGCACGAGCCAACAGCUCCAAAGGAUCAUCGGCUGCGACCAUCGGUAGCAACGGCUUUGAUGCUUCCGAGGCCGAAACAUGGAUGCAGGCAAGAUGGAAGUCCGUCCAGACCAGCCUGAACGAUAAGAAGAUUCCAGACACUCAGAGGCCAGAGGUAUACAAGGCCGCACCGGGCACUGGUGGCUCUGCGUGGGGCCCGAACAAGAAGACCGUCAACGAGAGGUUCGCCAACGACCUUCUCAAGGCAUCCACCGCAGCAGCGUCGCAAUGA